AAUUAUGGAGACGCGCAAUGGAAGAAAAUCAAUUUCGACGGAUGUUACGUCUAAUGAUGACAAGGAUCUAAGGCAGUAUAAAGAACGUGUUGAAGAGGCGGAGAAACGCGCGGAAGAGGCUGAGAAAUAUGCGCAAGAGGCAGCCGAAAAAUUGAAUGAUGUUGAGGAACAGUUGAAGUCAGCCUUUGAACGCGCCAAAAAUGCGGAGGAUCUAGCGGACGCGUUUGAGGAGCGUGCUAAGCGCGCUAAAAAAAUUAAGCAGCAGGCGAAAGAAAAGGAAGAGUUAGAUAAAAGGAUCGAAGCGGCUGAAAAAAGAAUCAAGGAGGCAAAAAAAAUAAUAGUAGAAGCCCAAUCUGAACCAAAGGUAGAACCAAGUUUUCGAGAUUCUGAAGAAGAUGGGGAAUUUUCAGAGGCGAUCAUGAAAAAGUUUUGA